AUGGCUCCUUCAUACCCCAAGAAGAAGUGCGGUAUCCUGGGCGCCACAGGCUCCGUCGGCCAGCGGUUUAUUCUCCUCCUCGCAGACCACCCGUUCCUCGAACUCGAGGCCAUUGGCGCCUCUGAGCGCUCCGCCGGCAAGAAAUACAAAGAUGCCGUGAAAUGGAAGCAGGCAAUGCCCAUGUCCGAGAAGCUCAGCAACCUUGUCCUGCGUGACUGCAAGGCAGAGCAUUUCAAGGACUGCGACCUGGUUUUCUCGGGUCUGAACAGCGAUGUCGCUGGCGACACCGAGAUGGAAUUUAUCAAGGCGGAGAUCCCUGUCUUCUCAAAUGCAAAGAACUACCGCAAGCACCCCAUCGUGCCCCUUGUCGUCCCGACCGUGAACCCGCAACACCUGGACCUCAUCCCCCACCAGCGCAAGCACUUCGGACUGAAGAAAGGAUUCCUGGUCUGCAACUCGAACUGUGCCGUUAUUGGAAUCGUCAUCCCCUUCGCCGCCCUGCAGGCUAAAUUCGGCCCCGUCGAGGAAGUUGAGGUGUUCACCGAGCAAGCCGUUUCGGGUGCUGGCUACCCCGGGGUGCCCAGCCUGGACAUUAUGGACAACGUGAUCCCAUUUAUCAGCGGCGAGGAAGACAAGCUGGAGAACGAAGCACAGAAGAUUCUGGGCUCGUUGAACGCCGACGCGACUGCCUUCGACGAGCAGUCCGGUCUUCGCAUCGGGGCUACGUGCACCCGUGUUGGUGUGACCGACGGCCAUAUGGCGUUUGUGUCGUUGCGCUUCAAGAACCGACCGGCCCCAAGCGCAGAACAGGUCGUGCAGGCCAUGCGCGAGUACCAGUCUGAGGCUCAGAAGUUGGGUGCCCCGUCGGCACCGGAGCCGGCCAUCAAGGUCUUUGAUGAGCCUGACCGUCCCCAGCCCCGUCUGGACCGUAACCUCUCCGGUGGAUACACAGUCAGCGUGGGCCGAGUGCGCGAAGGCAAUGAGGGCGGCUACUUUGACAUCCGCUUUGCGGCCCUGUCCCACAACACGGUCAUUGGCGCUGCUGGGUCGUCCAUCCUCAACGCGGAGGUGGCGGUCAUCAAGGGAUAUAUUUAA